AUGUCUGAAGAUAAACCUGUCACAGACAUUAUUACUUUGACUCGCCAUGUUCUUGAAGAACAGCGCAAAUAUAAAGAUGCCAGUGGAGACUUAACUUUGUUGUUGAAUAUCAUUCAACUUGGUUGUAAAUUUGUAUCAACUAAUGUUCGAAAGGCUCGUCUGUUGAAUUUAGUUGGUCUCGCUGGUGGUGCUCAAAAUGUCUCCGGUGAAGAUCAAAAAAAGCUCGAUAUUAUUUCUAAUGAAAUUUUUGUAAAUGCGCUUCGUUCUUCCGGAAAAGUAUCUGUAAUGGUAUCUGAAGAAGAAGAAGCAGCGAUAAUUGUGGAAGAAGGGUUGAAAGGAAAAUAUUGCGUUGUCUUCGAUCCGUUGGAUGGGUCCUCCAACAUUGACGCUGGUGUUAAUGUUGGCACUAUUUUCGGUAUUUAUCGAGUGCUUGAAGAUUCCUCUGGUAAUAUCUCAGAUGUUCUUCGACCUGGUCGAGAAAUGGUCGUUGCUGGUUACUGUAUGUAUGGUAGCUCGGCAAACAUGGUUAUCUCGCUUGGAAAUGGUGUGAACGGUUAUACCCUCGACAAUGGUAUCGGCGAGUUUAUUCUUACCCAUCCCAACAUUAAAAUUCCGCCUCGUGGUAAGAUAUACUCUGUUAAUGAAGGAAACUCCAAGUAUUGGGACGAAGUCUGUACGGAAUACUUCCAUUCCCUAAAAUUUCCACCCGAAGGAAAAAGUUCAUAUUCAGCCCGCUAUAUUGGAUCAAUGGUAGCAGAUGUUCAUCGUACACUUCUGUAUGGUGGAAUCUUCGCGUACCCGUCUGACAAAAAAUCGAAAAACGGCAAACUUCGUAUAUUAUAUGAAUGUUUCCCAAUGGCCUUUUUAGUUGAACAAGCUGGUGGAAAAGCUAUUACUGGUACAAAGAGAGUACUCGAUGUUGUUCCCGAAUCAAUUCAUUCAAGAUGUCCAAUUUUCUUGGGUAGUAAAGAAGAUGUUGAAGAUGUGGAAAGACUGUACCAAAAACACGCUCAAUAA